ACAACAUGACAAAGUUUCUCUUUUGCAACAUCUAAAAUACUGAUAGAACUGGGAUUGAAAUUUCCUUGAAGAAUUUCUUUAUAGCUUUUUCAAUAAUCAUCAACAUAUAGAAUAAGUAGCUAGUGUUUGUUCUUUCCCUAUUCAAAAUAUUCUGACGCAGCAUAUAAGUAGGUUUAUUAGGAUACCUGAAAGGAACACGAUCAGAUCAAACAUAGAGAUUCAGAAGAUUCAAACAUGAUAAACAAAAUGUACUCUUCCAACCUUAAUAAACUUGCUCUUACCUCUAUCUUUGUCUUGUUUCUUUCUUCAUGGAUUUCCUUAGCCAUUCCACAAAACGAAACAAGGAUCCCAGUUGACAUGGGGGUUGUUCUUGAUGACCUUAACUCAGUGAGGGGCAAGAUUUGGUUGAGCUGCAUCAAAAUGGCCCUGUCAGACUUCUAUUUUUAUCAUCCUCACUACAAAACUUGGCUGGUCUUGAACACUAGGGACUCGAAGAAGAAUGUUGUCGCUGCAGCUGCCUCAGCACUAGAUCUGAUAAAGAAUCAUGAAGUACCAGCCAUCAUCGGGCCAGUGACAUCGAUGGAGACAAGCUUUGUCAUUAAUCUCGGAGACCAAACUCAUGUGCCCAUCAUAUCAUUUUCUGCAACAAGUCCUUCUCUUACUUCGCUCCGGAGCUCCUACUUUUUCCAAUUUGCACAGAAUGACACAUCUCAAGUGAAAGCUAUAAGUGCGGUUAUCAAAAACUUUGGGUGGAGACUAGUUGUGCUCAUAUACAUAGACACUUCGUAUGGGGAGGCAAUCAUACCAUUUUUAACCGAUGCCUUACAAGAAGUGGGUAUUGGUGUCUCCUACAGGAGUGUCAUUUCCCCCUCUGCAGCCGAUGAUCAAAUUGCAAACGAGCUUUACAAGUUGAUGACCAUGCAAACUAGAGUCUUCAUUGUCCAUAUGACAACCAAUCUAUGCUCUAAGCUAUUUGCCAAGGCAGAAGAGAUUGGAAUGAUGGUUGAAGGCUAUGUUUGGUUAACCACUAAUGGGAUUACUAAUCGUUUAACUUCAAUGAAUUCUUCAGUCAUCCAUUCCAUGAAUGGAGUUAUAGGUCUGCAAACUUAUGUCCAGAAAACAAGAGAGCUGGAAGAAUUCAAUCUCCGGUGGAAAAGGCAGUUCCAAAAAGACUAUCCACACAUCGUUGGUGCUGAAUUGGAUGUUUUCGGAUUUUGGGCUUAUGAUGCUACUUUUGCCAUAGCAAUGGCAAUUGAACAAGUGAUUGGGACUACAAGUAGUUUUGGUUUCCAAAAGCCAAAUGCCUCCAACAAGUCCACAGAUAUUCUUGAAAGUUUUCCCAUCUCUCCAUAUGGUCCAAAACUUUGCCAAGCCCUAUCGACUACUAGAUUCCCAGGCAUUGCUGGAGAUUUCAUGCUCAUUGAUGGGCAACUUCAAUCAUCCAAUUUUCGGAUAAUUAAUGUCAACGGCCGUGGAGCGAGAACAAUUGGAUUUUGGACACCACUGCAUGGACUUGUAAGCAAAAUGAGUUCCACAAAUUCCACAUGCCAUCUUGGACCGGUUAUAUGGCCAGGAGAGUCUCUCUCUGUUCCCAAAGGGUGGGAGAUCCCAACAAAGGGGAAGAAGUUGAGAAUAGGAGUUCCUGUUAGGGAUGGGUUUACUGAGCUUGUUAAGGUAACAAUAGAUCCAACCACCAACACAACGGAUGUUACCGGAUUCAGUAUCGAUGUAUUUAAGGCCGUAGUUGACAUGUUACCAUAUGCUCUUCCUUAUGAGUUCAUUCCCUUUGCAAAGCCUGAUGGCACCAAAGCUGGCACUUACAAUGACUUGUGCUAUCAAGUCUAUCUUGGGAAUUUUGAUGCUGUAGUCGGAGAUACAACAAUUCGAGCAAACAGGUCUCUGUAUGUGGACUUUACGAUGCCAUAUGCAGAAGCCGGUGUAGUAAUGGUUGUGCCCGUCAUAGACACAAACAAAAGAAGUGCAUGGGCUUUCUUCAAGCCAUGGCAAUGGGACCUUUGGCUUGCAACUCUUAUUUCCUUGUUGUUAGUAGGUUUUGUGGUUUGGGUCGUUCAGCAUCGAACUAAUGAAGAUUUUCAAGGCACUACCGCACAACAAGAAGUUGGCAAUGUUAUAUGGUUCUCCUUCUCAACCAUGGUUUUUGCUCAACGAGAGAGAGUGGAUACCAACUUGGCUAGAUUUGUUAUGAUAAUAUGGGUAUUUGUUGUGCUAGUACUGACAAUUAAUUACCAAGCAAGUCUAACCUCUAUAUAUACGGUCGAAAUACUCGAGCCAACUGUUACCAAUAUCAAGGAUCUAUUGAGGAAGGGGGAAAACAUCGGCUACAUACCAACUGCUUAUACUUACGAGAUGUUGAAGCAAGUAGGUUUUGAAGAUUCCAAGCUUAUGGCUUUGGGAACUAUGGAAGCAAUUGAUGAAGCUCUUUCGAAAGGGAGUGCAAACAGUGGCAUUGCUGCUUUUGUUGAUGAAACUCCCUACAUGAAGCUUUUCCUUGCAAGAUACUGCAACAAAUAUAGUAUGAUUGGCCCCAUAUUUUUUUUUUUUUUUUUUUUUUAAAAGGCUUGGA